AUGGGUAUUCUCAAUGUCACACCGGAUUCUUUUUCCGACGGGGGACAAUAUCUGGACGGUGAUAAGGCGGUAGAGCAAGCCCACCAGAUGAUUGCUGAGGGUGCCGAUAUUAUCGAUAUUGGUGGUGAAAGUACGCGACCAGGUGCGGAUGUGGUGAGUGCGCAGGAGGAAAUAGAGAGGAUUAUUCCAGUGAUCGAGAACUUGAGGGGUGAGGCGCUGGUUUCUGUGGAUACCUCGAAAGCGGAGGUUGCUCGUGAGGCUUUGAGAGCUGGAGCUCAGAUUGUCAAUGAUGUCAGUGGGCUGCGGGAUUUGGAAAUGAGAGAAGUUUGUGCCGCUUCGACGUGUGGCAUUGUGGCCAUGCACAUGCAGGGAAAGCCACAAACGAUGCAGGAAAAUCCUGCCUACGAUGAUGUGGUGGGGGAGGUUCGGGCGUUUUUUGAGCAAUGCUUGGCGGAUUUGGGAAGUCUAGGAAUCGAGAAGAAGCGAAUCUGCCUCGAUCCGGGAUCGGAUUCGGGAAAAAUUUGGAGCAUAAUCGGCUACUUUUGA